UAUGCCCCAUGUAUUCAUUUCAUGACAUACAUUUGCAGUAACUGGUGUUCAAUAUGAUGCUAGCGAUAUUGUGUAUUUUUGUUAUAUUUUCGACGGCAUACUCAAAUGAAGAACCAACAAAUUGUGAGGAAGUGAAUGUUUAUAAUAAACCACAUAGGAAGCAUGUUCUGAGCAUGGGUCUAAACCGUCCGUAUCAACUUGCUUUUGACAAACACCAACAUCGCACGUUUUUCAGCCACAACGUUGGACUCGAUAAUGAAGAUUCAUUCGAAAUUGCUUAUAUUGAAAGGGGAGAAAUGAUACCCAAAGUUGUACAUGACGUAAAAAAUGGAUUCGCAAUUGCAAUUGACAAUAUGGAUGGAGUCAUUUAUUACGGAGGCAGCGAAGGAAUUAAAAAAGAACACCUCAAAGAAAAAAAUGCUACUAUUCAUGAAGUACUAAAGAACCAUAACGUAUGGGAUAUGUUUUAUAAACACGCCCUUUAUUUCAUUACUUAUCCAUUGCAGCAUUUAUAUAAAUUGUUACCAAAAAAUAAGGUUGAACAUCAAAAACACAUACAUGAAGAAAUUUAUCAAUUUGUCAUAGAUGGACAUAACGAUAUUUUUAUUACUAAUAAAACAGGAUUAUUUUUGAUAAAGAAUGGUACAGAUGAACGAAUUCACUUUAAAGGACCCAAAGUAUUUCGCGCUAUAGAGGUAAAUAAUGAAGGUAAAGCUCAUUUUUGUGGUAAAAAUGGUAUUUAUAUAGCCAACAAAGCUAAUCAUACUUUAGAUAUGAUUGCCGAAAUUAAACAUAUUUUCGGAAUUACCUUCGAUGGUGACGAUAAUAUUAUUUACUCAGAUCCUCAUGAAAUAGUUAAAUUGGUACCAGGAAGUUGUAAAUAAAGAGAAAAUUAAACAAUGGUUAAUUUUGUUACGAGAAUAUGUAAUGCUACUUUAGUUAAUAAGAUUUAUAACAAAAUUUAAGAUUAUAAAAGUAAAAUUAAUCAAAAACAUGCGU